GUGACAGAUAUCAAGUCUUAGUUUUUGCAUGGCUAUGGGCAAUAUGGCCUAAAUGGGAAGGCCUCGAUGAUUAAGUUUGUCACGUGAUUCAUAUCUCGCGUGUCAUUAAAAAAAAAAAGCAUUUGACUGCGUCUCCAGGUGUAGCUCAUCACUCGGAGUCUUAAGAGAAAGUCUGUUAGAGAAAGUCUGUUAGAGAAAGUACAUCAGCGAGGUAAGAUUGACGUUUUGUUUUCUUCAAAUAGAACGAUCAUGUUUGAUGAAUGUACACAGUAAUACAAUUAUUUUUGAUGGCUGUUCUUCUUCUUCUUCUUCUAUAUCUUAAGGGUCCACGAUACACUCAUGUUUGAUAGCUUUUGACAGUAAUACAAUUAUUUUUAAUGGCUAUUAACAGUAAUACAAUCAUGUUCGAUGGCUUUUGACGGUAAUACAAUUAUGUUUUUAUGGAUGUACACAGAAAUACAAUUAUGUUUGAUGGCAUAAGACGGUAAUACGAUUAUUAUUUUUUUCAUGCAGUGGCGUAGCUAGGGCGAGUGCUACCCUGGGCUGGUUAAGAUUUUUGACGCCUCUCCUUAGUGCAAAACUCUGGAGUUGGUUGAAAACUCCGUAACACUAUGUAAAGAAAACGUCGACGCCCGGGGGCUGACGGCCCCGCCCUUCCUAUUUCGGUGGGUUUUAUGACUGCAGACAGUAAUCUAAUUUUGUUUCCGUAUUUAAGACAUAAAAAUGAAAUUAAGCUGUAUCAAAACAGAUGAUCCUCUUAAAUCGAGCUUUUGAAAAAUUGCGUCACUAAAGGUGGGCCCGGAGGGGGUUGGGCCGUGUUAGGUGAAGCUGUCACAGGCAAAUACACCAACACGAUCAAACAUUUUUUUAAAUUAAACAAUAUAUGUAUAGAAAAAAGUGACGGUUGGGAUGUCAAUAAACAAUUUUGUGAAGUACAUGGGAUUUUAUCGAUUAAUUUACUAUUAAGGUCCUAUGUAAAGAUUAUUUUGGUGCCCUAAAAUGAUGUUGGAACCCAGGGUGAGUACCCCCCCUCUUGCUCCAUUCAACCCCUUCUUACGGCCCUGUCAGUACAUGUCGUGUAACAAAAGAAAUGUGCCAUGUUUCAAUUUUAAAGUAACAUUGUAUUCAAUUUUGAUUUAAUUUCCAUUGAUUUCCUCAAGAUUUUUAGCAGCUGGAAUCUCUCUUUACUUGAAAAAAACAAAAAACUGUUGCAAUGAAUGUUUAAUUGGUGUGUGACCUAAAAGGCAUCAUUCGUGAUGUAGGUUCCAAUGUCCACAGUUAGCUUAAUAUCUUCUGAUCUAGUUAAACAUAAUGCUGAGAUCAGUAAUAGCGUGUAUAAGUUACUGCUCCAAAAAGCACUGCCAAGGCAAAUUUUCAAAUGAUGUAAAUCUAAUUAAAUAAGCAGGUCUAUCUUGAUUUGCCAGGCGCACGAAAGUUUGGUCGAUUUUUUAUUUGGGGGGGAGGGGGGGGGGUUGUGUGUUACUUUUGUUUUUUUUUUUUUUUUUUUUUUUUUUUUGAAAGAUCAUAUGCUACUUAAAUUGUUCAGACUAAAUUUAAAUUGGAAGCAACAUGACUAUAUCUUUCUUUUUAUUUUAAAAUGUAUUUUUGUUUUAAGCCUUCUGUUUGCUAAAAAUCAUGGUAUUUUACCAUCUUUAAAAAAAAAUCACUUUAAAAUACAGGGGUUUAUUAUUAUUUUUUUUAAAGUUUCUAAUCUUUUCUAAUGGUUUUUAAUAGUUUCUAUUAUUUUCUAAUAUUUUCCAAAACUUUCUAAAUCUUCAAAUGAUGUAAAUCUAAUUAAAUAUGCAGGUCUAUCUUGAUUUACCAGAAAGUUUGGUCGAUGUUUUUUUUGUUUUUUUUGGGUGUUAUUGUUUGUUGUUUUUUUUUUGUUUUGUUUUUUUUAAAAGACCAUUUGCAACUUAAGUUAGUCAGACUAAAUUUAAAUUGGACGCCCAUUGACUAAAUCUUUCUUUUAACAGAAAAUGUUAUUUUACAAUCUUUUUUUUAAAAAAUCAAUUUAAAAUACAGGGUUGUAUAAAAAUGCGCCGAAAAUCAGACAUUUUUUUAACGAUAUUUUUUUUUUAAUUGACUAAAUUCAAAAUUGUUGGGUGCCCAUGUCAGAUGGAGAAUGUAAAUUAUUCAUCAAGAAAAUUCUCGUUUAUGGUCUCUAACAGUUUUAAAAAAAGAACAAACAAUCUUUUUGAUCAAAGCGCUCACCAAAUGUUUUGUUUUUUUCUUUUAAACUAUUAAAUUUAAAAAUAUUUCCAACCAGUCUUUUUUGUUUGUUGACAUCAGACACACGAAACACUGACGUCGCUAUGAGUACGGCACCACUUUAUGCCUACCCUCCAACAGGAGAUUAUGGCAAUUCAGCCCAAACAGUGUAUACAGCAGUGCCAAGUUACCAAAGUGAAGUACGUUACCAGCAGCCGAACACACAAAUGUAAGGAAUGCUAGAAAUAGUAAUGAGACAAGUUUUGUUUUUAAUUUAAUUAUUUAUUUUUAGUUCGCUAUUUAUUUUUGAUAUAUAUAUGGACUUCUAUUUAAUUUGUGUGUGCUUUUGCCGGUACGUUCGAUGUUUUGUGAUUGUUUUUGUUAGCCCCCCCCCCCACAACCUUAUGCUAGAUUUCCUUGACCUGAUUACCCCCACCCCCAAUUAUCUUAAGGAAUUAGAACAUGCCAACGUAAUAAUUAAAAAAAAAAAACUACUGGCUGAAGUCGCAUAAUUAACUGGCCUCCCUGCUUUAUUGUAUUGGAAUUUUUGUUAGCCCCCCCCCCCACAACCUUAUGCUAGAUUUCCUUGACCUGAUUACCCCCACCCCCAAUUAUCUUAAGGAAUUAGAACAUGCCAACGUAAUAAUUAAAAAAAAAAAAACUACUGGCUGAAGUCGCAUAAUUAACUGGCCUCCCUGCUUUAUUGUAUUGGAAUUUCGUGGUCUCCACUGCCUAAAUAGACCAUAGUUGUGUAAUCUACCCUGAUUUACGAGACAAUUUUUUUAGUGGCCUCCCUUGCAUACUAGACCAUAGUUGUGUGGUCUACACUGCCAUGCUAGAAUAUGGUUGUGUGGUCCACCCUGCCUUAUUGGAUUGUGGUUCUGGUCUCCUUGCCAUGCUAGAAUCUGAUUCUUUGUGGUCUCACUGGCACACUAGAUUCUGACUGUGUGGUCUCCCUGGCACACUAGAUUCUGACUGUGUGGUCUCCCUGGCACACUAGAUUCUGACUGUGUGGUCUCCCUGGCACACUAGAUUCUGACUGUGUGUUCUCCCUGGCACACUAGAUUCUGACUGUGUGGUCUCCGUGGCACACUAGAUUCUGACUGUGUGGUCUCCCUGGCACACUAAAUUCUGACUGUGUGGUCUCCCUGGCACACUAGAUUCUGACUGUAUGGUCUCCCUGGCCCACUAGAUUCUGACUGUAUGGUCUCCCUGGCACACUAGAUUCUGACUGUGUGGUCUCCCUGGCACACUAGAUUCUGACUGUGUGGUCUCCCUGGCACACUAGAUUCUGACUGUGUGGUCUCCCUGGCACACUAGAUUCUGACUGUGUGAUCUCCCUGGCACACUAGAUUCUGAAUGUGUGGUCUUCCUUGACUUGCUGUAGUUGAGAAGUUUUCGUUCACCUUUUAAGUCAGCUAUAGCUCACAUUAUGAGGAACUAAAAUCAUAAUAAAGAGACACUUAACAAGACCACGAGUAAAAAAUACCAGAGCAUUGGCUCACUGUAAAUCAGAUUACCUAUAUCAUGAUAAUGUGUCAACCUUGUAUAAUUUCAGCGUCUAUGUUACGGAGAGAAGGCGAGACACAACAGACGGAGCCGAGGAAUGUUGUCUUUUGGGCUGUUGUGUGGCGCUAUUGUGUUGUGCCCUGCAGAACUAGUCAAAGAUGGGCUGUUGUGUGGCGCUGUUGUUUGGUGCUGUCGUGUGGCGCUGUUGUGUUGUGCCCUGCAGAACUAGUCAAAGAUUCAUGAACGAAUGCUAUACCAUGUGAUGCAGAAUUAUGCUCGUAACAUUAUGUUGUGUGAUGCUGAAUUGUGAUUGUAACGUUAUUUGUGUGAUGCAGAAUUGUGAUUGUAACAUUAUGUUGUGUGAUACAAGUAAUGGUCUUUUACCAUUGCUUAUUUAAUAUCAUCUUGUGUAUGAUAUGCAAAGUGCGGCAACGAAGUGUCUUAGUGCAAAUACGGAUAUUUUCCCCUUUCUUAAACUUAUAUGUAUAUAUUAUAAUUUAUGAUUGCUUUUCUUUGUAAAUAUCCCAUCACUUGUUUCAUGUAGCCAUUACCAAUAAACAUUUUAAUGAGUUCAAAUUGUAUUUUUUAUGGACUUUUAGAUAGGUGAAAAUGUGAUAUACAACUAAGUUGGACAAAUGUC